AUGGGCUCCGAAUCAAAUGAACAUCUCCAACAGAUUUCUGCUGGAUCUCAUUUUUCUGGAUUUAAUUUAGUUGAUCUGCAACCUAUAAAUUUGGAAAUGGAGCCGUCAGCGACAUUCCCAGAAAAUACUCAUGGACAACCCUUUAUAAUUGGUAUCGUUUUUAUUUACAGUAUCACUCUUUUAUUCUGGAUAAUUUAUCUAUGUUAUGCCCAUGUCUUCAAUUGUACUGGGUGUUUCAUAGCAUCCACUUUAACUCUGUUCAAGGAUAAAUACAUAUGUGGAGGCAUAAUUUCUGUUAUUAUUAAGUUCAACUUCCCUGAAGGAAGUCAAGCUUUGACUGUGUUAUCCAAAUGCUUAGCUUGAAAUGCUCCCGGACCAUCUAAUGCUGAGCCAUAGUGUUAGUAAAAUUUCUUCUGAGGGACAAUGAUAAAACCGUGUCAUUAUGAAUGGAGUAGUAUUCCGGAUCACGAGACUAGCUCUUUUUAAAAGCCUUUUCCACUGGCUGACUUGAUGUACUUGAGGAAAAAAAUAUUUAUCUGAACAUAUGCUCUGGUUUCUGGGAGCCACCAGUAUGUCUGUUUGAUGUAUUCAUCUCAAAUAAUUAUGGACAAUGGCAAUAAAAUAACAUAUACUCUUGUCAACUGCUGAACGGUAGGGAGAUGAACGACAUUCUAAAGGAGAAAAGGACUAUGAUUUUUUUUCUUAAUGUGUGUGUCUGAAUGUUUUACAGCUUCUGGAGCCGAAAAGGGAAUUAAAGAUUUCUGUGUACUUUAUGGAUGGCCGUUGUAGAUGUUACUUUAGGAAAAGACUUGAAAUCAAUGUCGCAGAUAGAGUGGUGUAUAUGUAGCGUUUGCUUUUACAAUUUUCUCUAUUUUUCUUAGUAUUCUUAUUGCAAGGCUACUGUAAUUUCUUAUUUGAUUUCCUCUCUAUUGCAACUAUAGCUGUGCACAGCUUUUAUAUAUAUUGCAUUUUUUCAGAUCACUAGGAUACUUGAGAGCAUAUUUUGAGAAUCUUCAUUUUCAUGAAACGUCUGAGACAGGUGUAGCUGGUGGAGCAGCAUCGGGAAAAACCACUGUCUGUGAUUUGAUAAUAAAACAGCUUUGCGAUCAUCGUGUAGUUCUUGUCAACCAGGUGUGCUCGAAAGUUUUUAUUUUAUUUGUUGUUUCAACUAAAUAUUUUUUUGUACUAGUUUCUUUCAAACUCCGCCAGAAUCGAACUCAGGUUCAGCUAGAAAUCUUUUAUGUUGGAUAUGAUCAACGAGUAACCUCAUGUAUCCUGAGGUUCUGUUAUCCCAAACUAAGCUGUCAGGGCAGGUUGAAACAAGAAUGUGCUGAAAAUCUUCUACUUUACUAUGAUCUAAGGAUGAUACAAAAGUCUCCAAUAUCUAAUCGUUUGAUGAAUCUUUCAUUCUUCAUUCAGACUGCUGAAAAUUUCAUCUGUCUGAAUUUUUUUUCUGACCGUUUAACAAUUAAAAAAAAUAUCACGUUGCAUCUAUUACUCCACCAUUGGAUGCUUGUUCAGACUUUGUAAUGGAUUUUUCUACAAGUUGUGCCAGUGGUCAGAAAAACACUGAUAGGCAAUUUCACAUGAUGAUAGCUCGAGAUUUUCAUGAAAUCAUAGAUUGGGUCAUCAUCCUGUUGUCAAGUACUAAUCACGUGUAGGUGUGGUCCUGAUAUAUUAUAUGUUUUCCAGGGCCUAUAAAUCUUCUUGAUGUGGGCUUAUAAAAUUUCGAGGGCUUAUAAAGAUUCGAUAAUUUGCUUUACAUGCUGAAGCAAUAUUUUAUCAGUUAAAUUGGCUUAUUGGAUCAUUAAGAGAUGGUAGAAUUUUGCAUCUUGCAUAAGUUUAAAAAUCUGAUAUGGGUGUUAUGUCGCUCAUAGCUUCUGGAUUUCGACUUUUUGUUUUUCUGUUGUUAUUUGAGUGUUCGCGGAGAAGAGAUUUCAAUGCUAAUCUUCCACUGUUAUUUUUGUCUUGAAAAAUUUGAAUUGGUCCAUGUUGAUUGUAGACUUUGGGGAGGGUGUUGAAUAUUUACUGGUCUUCUUACUGUGCAAGUAGCCUUUAUUUGGGAACUGAAAUAUGGUCCUCAUCACCAAACUGUGAACUGUCUUAGGGUUAUAUAGGGUUUGUCGUGACUUCAGAGACUGACAAACGUAUUGGGUCGAAUGAUUGGUUUGUUUGUAUAACAUAGUGUUUGGUGGAUUUAAUGUGGAGAUUGGGUUGUUGACUUAUUUUCAACGGCCUGUGGAAAAAUAUCUUGGGGUACUUGUUCACAUAUGAGCACUUAAAAGUACUCAGAUUCCAAUGAAAUAAAUCCAUCACUUGGAUAAAACUUUGCUUGAUAAAAGAAUCCUACUAGUCAUUUGAUUAAAAUGACGUCCUUUCUCUAGUCAUUGGUUUUCACUUUCAAUAUAAUCUGGAGUGGAUUUAUGUACUGCACCUUUGUCAUUCUGAAACUCUCGACUAAUGUUAGAUAAAACCGGGUAGUAGUGAGCUCACAAUAAAUAAAUAAAUUAAUUAAUUAAUUUUGAUGGUUAUUUAUUUCAUAAAGGAAAAAUGUGAACAUGAGAGGCCAUACCAAUGUAUUAUAUUAAAUUGUCAUUUUUAUUUCUAUAAAUCAUGCAACAAGUAUAAAGGUCUCAUGCUCAUGGUAAUGCAGGAUUCUUUCUAUCACGAUUUGAGUGAAGAGGAGUUAGCACAUGUUAGCGAGUAUAACUUCGACCAUCCUGGUAACUUCUAUUGCUAGUAAUUUUUUAGGAUUUGCUUCUUGGGAUUCUUUUUUCUACCAAUAUCAUUUGCACACUCUGUGUGAGGCACUGCUUCUAGCGAAAAGUCCUUUUGAGGACUUUGAGCACAUCAUGUAUGCAUGGACGGGACAAUUAUUUGUGAAUGUAUACGAGGCGAUUUAAAUCCAAGACGGCAAUGCAGCGUCCAUCAAUUCUAUGCAUGGUGGGGUAGUAGGUGAACGGUGCUUUGUUUUGAACAGCAUUCGUUUUUAUCUCCCUAAUAAAAGCAUUGAGGCCAAGCAAUCAUUGUCAUGGUCAUUGCGCAAGUGGCUGUCCAAUGCGUCCUCAGAAUUUUGAAUGGAUAAGGUCUGAUUCUCAUCAGAAUGAGCAGACUUUCUGAAUCUAUAUGGCCAAAUACUUGAAAGUAAUUCUAUCUGGUUCCUACCUUGAGGUUCCCUAUUUGCUGGCCAGUGGAGGUAUGACCAAACAAAACCAUCACAUUGGUGUUUAAAAGCAAGAAGUUACAAUGGAUAUGAUCGUGAUGGACAUUAGAGACUCAGAGAACGAAAGUGAGCUGCUACCUAAAUUGUGGCAUCGGGAAAUUAAGAGAGAGAACAGGCUAUUCUUUUUAAAUGACACAAUAAUGCAUCAAGUAAUUGGAAAAUAAAUGAAGGAAAUAAUCUAGAAUUUUGAGACACUAUAUCUAAAACACUCUUAGAUUGAGGUUUUGUUUUAUUGUGACUUCCAAGACAUAGGUCAAAAAGGAAAAACAUGUUUUCAAAUAUCCAUUUUUAUUUUCGGAAAAUUGAAAUUCUGCUUUGGAAUAUUCACCCGUAUACUGAAUGAUCCUUUUAGUCUUAGGGUGCCACUAUAUCCCGUUACUUCAGUUUUACUAUGCUCCUAGAAAUGUUAUAAAAAUUGAUACUCAAAUGAAAACGAUCAAAUCUGGACACAGAAAAACUGUGAAGAUCAUUUGUUUCUCGCUGGCUUGCUUAUUUUUUUGGAAUUCAGCAGAGUCUGUCAUGCUGACAAUUAACAUUGUAUCUUUGUGGUGGAGAGCGUGCCAAGCCAUUUACGAAACUUUGUUCUGCUUUUAUUUCUGAAAAUUUUCAAAUUAAUCAGCCAUGUGUUGCUAUUAAAAUGCAACACUGUUUUGGUGGCGUUUGCCAGAUAUAUAUCCCAAAAUUCUGCACCAUUGUAUCAUUUAUUAUUAUUAUUAUUAUUCGAAAUACCUCUUUUUAUUCCCUUAGAUAUCUCUCGUUGCCAUUGCAGAUGCCUUUGACACCGAGCAGCUUCUUGCUUGUAUGAAGAAUUUAAAGCAUGGGAAGGUUGUUGAUAUACCGAACUAUGAUUUUAAGACUCACAGGCGUGUUUUGCCUGCACGAAAGGUAUGUUGGACUGUAUUUAUCGAGGAUUAUAUCACAAGGCUUUCAUUGUUGGGAUUCAUGAUAAAUUUUCGUUCAUGUUCAUCUAUAACGAACUAGAGUUUUCUUAUUUAAUUUUGCUUCAUUAAAUUUUUAUUGACUCUUCCUUGAAAUGAUUGUUAAUUAAUUUAAUGAAAUCCUUGCAUCGUUUUCUCAGAGUUUUGCAGAAAUAACAUAGCAUUACUUUUUGAACGAGAAAAUAACGAGACUUGUGGAACAUUGCUUCAUUAUGAUUGCCGUCCAUGUUACCUUAUGACAAUGCUAGAAUUUUCUUAUUUGAUUUUCCUUAAUUUCUUUCUGCCUAAAAUUGAUAAUAAAUCAUGUCAUGAAUCCUCACUUUUUUCUCCGUGUUUUGGAGGAGAAUGUCAUUCCAGGAAGGAGUUCAACGGAUUUCUGUCCGAUUGUAACAUUCUAGAGAUUUAGUUUUUGCUCCAUGCUCAAUAUUUAGUGCAUCAAUCAUUUUAUGGCAUGUGAUUCUACAUGUCCUCCAGGGACUUAAAAAAUAUGACCUUUCUGUUUCGUUUCAAUUUUCAUUCCUUGGUUUCGACCAACAAUUUUGCUUGCUUUUACGAAUGUCAAAUAAUAAAACCAUAUAUAUCACGCUGCUUGACUGUCAUAUGCACAAUUUUGCUUGUUUUUAUAUGCUUGACAGUCAUGUAUUUCAAGUUUGGCAUGUCGUGUUGCCUUCUUCUGGAACAGGAUAGCGGCUGAUCCUUUAAUUUCCUUGAUGUACCAACAAAUCUAUUGUAUUCUCAAAUUGUUUCUUUUACUGGGUUUCCUCUGGCUAGUACUUCUUACGUGGUGCUAUUCUGUUUGAAUUCAUCAGGUCAAUCCCUCAGAUGUCAUCAUCCUAGAAGGAAUAUUAGUCUUUCAUGAUACAAGAGUCCGUGGAUUCAUGAACAUGAAGAUCUUUGUUGAUACAGGUCCAAGAAUCUUCAAUCACGAAUAGUGCAAUAUUCUGAUUCUUACUUUCACAUGUUUAGGACAGUUUUUGUUACCCUAUUCUUUGUUUCCUGUUCUAUUUAUCUUUUCUAUUCUUUCUUAACUCUUAUGGAUGAAUUGUUCUGUUUAAGAUAGGCAUUAUUUUUGAUGCCAGUAGAACUUGAAGAAUAGGUAUUUUUAUGGUACAUAACCCAUAUGAUUUCGGAAAAAAAGACAUUCAAAUUCAUCUGCUUUAGUUUUUAUUUGAUGCUUUCAGUGUUUGCAUGAUGGAUAGUUUGACGCAGAUGCUGAUGUGCGCUUGGCAAGACGGAUACAAUGUGAUACAGUUGUGAAGGGUCGAGAUAUCAAAACAGUUCUAGAUCAGGUUAGUAUACUGUUUAACGUCUAAAUGCACGCCUUAACAUGGAUUCUAAGUUGUUUUCUUUCUAUUUUAUCAAAAUCUCUAUGAUGGCUCUAUGUCGUUUUAUUUUUUCUUUGCUGUCAUGAAACAUGGAUUAUGCAUUCAAGGUGACUUUAUAAACCUGUUUUCCAUUCAUGCUUCAUAGGUCCUUUUCUACAUAUGAAGGAUCUAAUAAGCUAUUCUUCAUGGGGGUCAAGAGUUUGAAUGUUGGAUCUCCCAUGAGUUGGGCUGACUUCGAACCAAAACUGCUGUUCUAGCUCUGCCUGAAACAGGAUGGUAUACAAUGUAUAGGUACAAUAAAAAUUAUUUAGAGGGAUUAUAAGUAUGUUCAUCAUUCAAUAUAUAAAGCUUAAUGAAUGUUUAACAAAUUUGUAUUGUAAGAAUUGAAUAUCUUUAGUCAUGCCCUCAUUGUCGAUAAACCAAUGCACAUUCUCCCUCCAUGGCGUCAAGCGCUGGAAUUUCAAAAGUACACACAAUGAGAAGGUAAAGAAAGCUAGCAAAAUGAGGCCAGGAAGUGAUGAAGGAUCCAGAGUAGGACACUAGAGAAAAAAGAAAAGAAAAUACAAAAAAUUAAAAUAAAAAAUAAGAAAAAAGUAAAGAAGAAUGAGAGUUCACAGUUUCUGUCGAAGAAGCAGUGGCAUUCAAAGAAGAUGACAUAGACAAGUGGCAGAGUAUGGUGGUGGCAGGUAGAAUCAGUGGUAUCAGUGGUAGCCAUUGUGACAAUGAUAAUGGAUGACAGUGACUAUCAAUGAUAUCCUGACUAUCAAUGGUAGGGAUGGUUUAUUAUUACUUUUUGUCUUCUUCCUCGGCUGUGAUCCUUUCCAUUCUUCUUCCUUGGUACACUUCCUUGAUAAAUUUCCUCUGAUAUGACAUAUUUGGUAUGAAUAAUUGGAAAUUCAUAUUUUAGCCACUUGAUUCAGUAGUCGUUCAUUAACUGAAGCCAUGUUCCUAUCAUCAUUGGCAGUUUAGACGAGGAUAGAACGUAGAAUUAGACAUUCCUAUCCUUCUUUGUGGCUAGAUGAUCAUGUAGAAGAUAUGAAUCCUUGUCCGGUGCACUGACAGGUAACCAGAGCGCCCUUGGAGAGAAAAAUCUAUUCUUAUUUGAUAAAAUAAAAACUCACUUACAAAGGAAACGAGGUCUUGUAUUUAUAUCAGACCCUAUAAGGUUCUAGAUACACAGACACAGUCAUAUAACUAAAAGAAACGUAAGGUAUACGAGAGAGUGUAUUAGGCACAUCCCGACAGCAGAUCAUUUACCGAAAUGAACUCUUAUGUUUCUCUACAUUUUAUCUUUUUUAUUUAAAUGUCAAUCUUGUUUUUAAAUCAGAAUCAUCUUGUGCAGUAUUCGAAAUUUGUGAAGCCUGCCUUUGAAGAUUUCAUACUUCCGACAAAAAAGUAUGCCGAUGUCAUCAUUCCCCAUGGUGGUGAUAAUCAUGUAGCAAUUGACUUGAUCGUGCGACAUAUUCACACAAAGCUCGGACAGCAUAGUCUCUGUAAAAUAUAUCCUAACCUUUACGUUCUUCAAUCAACUUUUCAGGUAAACAAUGCAAUGUCAUUUAAAUGCUCCAGUGAUAUAUUUUUGACCGAAAUAUGUGACAGGGUCCUUUGGAUAUCAUGAAAAAUAUAUGCUUGUUGUUUGACUAUGUCUGCAUGCAUUUGCGCAGAUCAGGGGCAUGCAUACACUUGUCCGUGAUGCCAGCACUAGGAAGCACGAUUUCAUAUUUUAUGCUGAUCGAUUGAUUCGACUAGUAAGUAGGUUAUGGCAAUUUUACCUUUGUUAAACAAAAUGAUGGCUAAUCUGGUUAUCAACAGGUAGUUGAGCACGGUCUUGGCCAUCUUCCUUUCAAAGAAAAGCAGGUGAUCACUCCAAUAGGUAAGUUUCUUGUUGCAUACGCUAGGUGAUAUCUAGGUCCAUAUAAUAUACGCCAAUGCUUUAUGUUACUAGUUGGUGGAAGAAUAGGAAGCUUGUUGUUAGCUGGAGAGCUCGUAGUUCUAAGGUCAUGAAAAAUAUCCUUCAUUGCGUUUGUGAUUAUGUAGGUCAGAUUCAUAUCACCCCAUUAUAUCUUUUGGAAUUGGAUACAUGAUCUUGUGACGCAACAUAGGAGGUUAGAGUCCAAAUCCUAGUUUGGCGUUGCCAUCGCCUAAUUUUUCUUUGGACAUUAUGGUUGGAAAUUCAGAAGCUUUCUAUUAGAUUAGUGGUCAAGGUUUACAGUACAAAUAUUAGUGGUAUAAGAUCAAGCAAUCAGUAAGGACAAACAGCAUUGGGGGAAAGUAGGAUUAAGAAUUUCCUGGCGCUGGUUGCACCUCCUGAGGCCCUGGAACCUCAUCAAAAUAUACACGUUUUUCUGUUUGAAAAUAGGCGGAUCCUAUAGUUCUUCCGUUAAAUUCCUAUGCUACAACAAAGAGGUGUUUUUAUUGUUUUUUCUUUUAGUUGGCGCUGGAAUUAAGGUCUUGGAACUGACUCUUGAAAAGUGUAGUCAAACUUUUGAAUCGUGUUAAUGAUAUUGAAAAACUUUUGGAAUUUAGAUCGGUAUCAUGUGAUUCAAGGGAAGAGCAAGAAGGAAACAAGGUCAUUUUUUUCUCUUUAUCACUUCUCCCUCUCUAAUACAAAUACCCUAACUUAAGGGUUCUCUCCACAUAUUUUAGGGCCAUCAUAGGUGACUGAAAGAAAUCGUAUUGUUGUCAUUUCAUUAGCAUUCCACCGAAGAGACACUGUCUUCUACGUUAAUUCACGAGAGAAUUGGAUGUAAAACCACACACUUGUGUUAGUUACGAGGAGAGAAUCGUGGAUUAAGCGUAAAGUCAGGGACGUGAAAUUGUAUUGUUGCCAUUUCAUUACCUUUCCCCCGAUAAUCCUGCCAUUUUGGAAUAAACAAAGGAAUGAAGAAUUGAAAAAGGGCAAACAACUGAUGCAGGAAAAGAAUGUAUCUGAUUAGCUAUAAUAAAAUGGCCAUGGAUAAGGUUUUUGAACUCUUUUUUUAGGGGAAAAUCCUGAUUAGGGAACAUUCUGAUUGUGAAGUAUAAAAAAGCUACCGGUCUGAAGUGUUUAGGAAUCAACUUCUGUCUGCAACCUAUCUGUUUAGCGGAUUAAUCUCCCUGAAAUCGGCAAGAAAUUAGCCUAUACAACUCAGGAUGACUCAAUGCAACACUGUCGAGUUGUCUGGAAAGCGUUAAGUGCUUGUCUGAAUGACUUUUGCAGCUUGUAAAUUAACUUUAUGGAUCUCUCAAGUACUAUUUUGGAACAAUCAAGAAAAAGGAAUUUUUUAGUUUGUAGGUGAAACGUUACAUGUAACAUUGGAUUUCUAUUUCAUAGUGCUGCUGGAGAAUGAUCCACAAAAAUGACUUUGAAUGCAGGUUCAGUUUACACUGGGGUGGAGUUCUGUAAAAGACUUUGUGGCAUAUCUGUGAUUAGAAGGUAUAAGCCAUGUUUCUGUGUCUGCGUAUGGUCUUUAUUUGAGAUUAAAUUCGUAUAGGGACACAUUUGUGAUUUUCCAAUAUUUUUAUGUGUGAUGGAUAUAGGGAAUACAUCUAAUCUGAAUUCUGUGAGUUUGUUGGCUCGGUUAGUCUAUAGUAACAAAUCACAGGAACCAAUAAGCAAGGUAGUUUUGAUUUUUGGUCCAACUUCCAUGAAUAAUUUCUUUCAUUUUUGCCAGUUGGUCUUUGUGAAAUCUUACGUAUUCAAAUCUUCUUUAUUUACUGUGAACCCGGAAGCCUUUUCUUCUAGGAACAUUAAAAAAUGACACUCAUGAACGUUAAAAUACAAAUGAUUUGUGAGGAAUAGACAUUAAAUAUAUUUGGUGAUUUUAAUAAACGAUAAUCCCUUUAACAUAAUAGUAGUAGUAAUAAUAAUGAUUGACCUUCAGACUUGCCAUCCAAUAACGCUUUGUAAAUAGAGUUUUUUUUGGUUCGAAUAAUCUUUGAAUUUCAAUUAUGAGUCUAAGUUCUCUUUCUCUCGUAGUCCAAUUUUUUUAGCGUUCAAAUCUUUUAUCCGGAUUGAGCCAAGAACCUUGUCAUCUUUUCCAAAAGUGGUCUUUGCAUUUGAAAGUAUCCAAAACCUUAGGUGCAAAUGUGGCCAAGGGCGUGAUGAAUGAAUUUAUAAUUGAAGAUCAUUGUAUAUGGUAUAUUUUAAAUAUAUUUCUGUGUUAGUAUGCUUAAUUCUUUUUUGAAUCAAGAUUUAUCACCAAAAAUUUUCUUCGCUUUAAUCAUUUGAGAUGAAAGGCAACUCAAAGUUCCACAAGUGAUAUUCCCCUUAUAUAAUUGCAGUCUAACAUUUAUCCUACCGACAGUCCACUAUUUUAAUUUAGUAAUAUAUUUUUAAUGGUCUUUGAACAUUUAGUAAGCGUAUUAAUAAGAAAAUUUCUGUCACGUCUCGCUUAACAAUUUUGGGAAUGAGCGGUAGAAGAUUCUUAAUGGUUAUUCUUCAAAUUCUUUGAUGAUUAUCUGUUUCUUGUUAAUGAAAGGCACAAAUCCCAGAGUUCUAGACUUAUCUUUCUCAACAAUGAAUCAAUCCAAGGACCGUCCAUCGGUAAGUUUGUCAAAUGAAGACUGAGUUUCAAAGCCCAUGUAUCAUACAUUGUAAAGUAAAUGGGAAAAAGAGGUAUAACGGUCCAUGUUCUACCAUAAAUGGCACUGAAAAGCUUGGCACCUGAUAUGAUAAAAUGAAUAACGAAUGAUGCAGCUAUGAAGAAGUGUACUUAUAAACUUAACACACCAACCUCAAGAACAAUACUUAUAAUUAACGAACAUAUUUUCUUAAAGAAAGUGAGUUGGGGUUUAAUAGCACCCAUAGAUAACUGCUCAGAUCGCAUAUUCCUCGCAUUCCAGAUGGAUCUAGUCUCUUAAUGAUCAUCCUUAACAGUGUCAUGCAUCGAUGAUGAUCUAGUAUCAGUUAAUUUUUUAUGAUUUUUUCACGUAUGUAUUGAAGUCAUAGUGACAGAGUUAUUGAUGAUAAACAGGCUACUGUAUUUCCAAGCACAGAAAAAAGGAUUGAAUUAGACACUGUCAUGGUAGUAUUUAUUUAGGAUAUUCCGUUUGGUGGCUGACAACUCUAAUUGAUUUUAAUGCGUAGUUGUGCUUUGUGUGAGUGUAGUGAUUGAACCAUGAGAUCAAUGAGAGUAUUAGAAACUGUGGACAACUUUAUCGAUUUAUUUGCUCAUGUUCUAUAUCUUGAAGCAUCGACAUAAAUUUACUGAAACUUUACUAUUUAUUAAUUUCUCCAUUAGCAACAUUUGUUGUAACAUCUUCAACCGAUAUCAGCGGCGAAAGCAUGGAGAAUGCACUCCGAGCUUGCUGUAAAGGAAUCAAGAUCGGGAAGAUUCUUAUCCACAGAGAAGGAGACAAUGGUCAGCAGGUUCGUCCAAGUCCCUGUUUUGUUUUUCUGAUUUUCCUUGAAUUACUUCUCUGACAUUUUCCCCUCCAGUUGAUCUAUCAUAACCUGCCUAAAGACAUCUCAGAUCGGCACGUCUUUCUCUUGGAUCCAAUACUGGGCACAGGUUAGUCUUUAGUCGUGAUUUGUCUUAGAGGUAAACUGGCAUCGGUGCAUGAAGAUAUGCAUCUCUUCUCGACUUUUGUGAAACUAGUUUUCAAUUUAGCAUCCUUUGGCAUGAAACUUCCCAGGGCUUGAACUGUUACUUUACAGAUUGAUUGUAGCUGUGUAAGUAUAUGGCUGUAUUCUUAUAUUUGGUUCAUAUCGAACUGCUAGUUGGAAGAAAAUAAUUACGUCGAAUGUAACCUCUUUUCUCAGGCGUUGAGUUCUUAACAUAACAGGCAAACACAGAAUGUCACAAAUAUAAUAUUUUGAGUGCUUACAGAACGCAGGUGUAUAUCCUUGUCUCUUUUGGUUAUUUAAUGACUAUGAGCUAUCACCCACUCCACCCCCCCCCCCACCCCCCCCAAAAGAAAAUAGUAAAAUAAUAAUAAUAAUAAAAGAUGCUCUUUGGAAAUCAUUGAUUGCGUGAUCUUUCAUCAUAGUACCAUUUUACUUUAAAGCAAAUGUUAUGUGCUAAUGCUUUAGUUCGAAAAAUAGUUGUUGGAUAUUGAUCAUCCAGAUAGAGACGACUCUCAGCUACUUUUUUAGGCUAUUGCUGCUCAAGAAUUCAGGAACCUUCUAUCUUUAUUUUACUGAUAAAUGAAUGUUGCAUAUUUGCCAAAUUUAUGAAUCCAUAAAUAUAUCCUUGAUUUUUUCUGAACUUCUGGACAAUUUCAUAAUUUUUUACGCUCUUUAUCACUGGCCUACUUCCGUGCUGUAACUUUUUCGGUGCGUAUAAUUUUCAACAAAAAACUCCGUUUACUGGUAAUGCUCUAGUACGCCAGCAUCAACAUUGCUCUCGACCUUUAAUUCUGCAGUGUCUUAGAAAAUUCUCCAGUCUUGAUUAAUCAUUGACCUUUGUUUAUUCAAGUUGCUGUCACGAUAAGUUUGGGUCUUUUACAGGAAAUUCAGCCGUCCAAGCUAUUUCUUUGCUCAUAUCAAAAGGCGUUCAAGAAGCCAAGAUUAUAUUUCUAAACCUAAUUUCUGUAAGUCAAGUCCCCUUCUGCACAUCCUUUUUGUUUCCAACGCCGCUUAGAUAAAUAAUACCUCACAUGGCCACUGUUAAAAAGAGAUCCUAGUCUUUAUUAUAAAAGGACAUUGAGAUGAUUAUUUUCCUAUGUCAUAUCGAGCCAUGGUCAACAGGAUCAGUGUUGAAUCACGUUCAUCUCUUCCGCAUGGGUCCUAUUGGAUCGAUAUGUGGGACAUCUAGGUAAAUAUCUUUUUUACCUCAGUACUCACAAGCACAGACAGCACUGAGGAUGACCAACCUCUGGAUAGUGGGCACACUGAAAGUGGGUUCUCGUCACAGGAUGCCCACUCCAUACCUCGAUUGAACCACAACUUUUACUCCCUUGGCCUCUCCAUCCCUUGAAGUCUGUGUCAUGCGCAAGAGGCACGUUUAUAAUCAGGAAAGUUUGGCAUUAAGUGCCUUCCUUACCUCAAAAGGCUAGGGAAAUUGGCAUCAAUUAACUACGAUUAUGGCCUGAUUUCUGAUGUUCUCUAUUUGGGAUUCAUUAGUUUUCUUCUCUUAAAGGGAGGUGAUCAGAACACGGGAUUACAUAUGUGAGAUGACCCAUGUAAGAACUUAGACUGACAGCACCUCCAUAUUUGCUAUUCCAAGUAUUUUUUUUUAAUACCUGUAUAUGUUGAUGUUCAUAUAUUAGGCAACCAUGGGUCUGCAAUAUAUUUCAUCAAUUAACUGAAGUAAUUAAUUUCUGUACAACUUUUUCAUCUACUUUCUGGCUUAUCUCCCUCGCUUUUAUGUUCUACCUGACCGGAGAAAACAAAUUAAUACCUGACGAUAAGAUAAUUGAUUGUUUAUUUAUUUUUGAAUGCCUAGGCUCCACAAGGGGUUCACGCAGUCUGCAAACGAUUCCCGAGGAUUAAAAUCGUGACGUCAGAAAUAGAAAGUGGCUUGAACGAGGAAUUCAGAGUGUUUCCCGGAAUGGGUGAGUUUGGUGAUCGCUAUUUCGGUACGGAUCAAGAUUAG